AUGAGCAAGAUUAACAACAAAUAUCACGAAAAACAAAUGCAAAAGAUCCUUUGGAAAAAUGGAGGUGAUGGGAUGUUUUGUGGGGAUACUUUCUGUACUGAUCCUGAGUCUACAUCGACACCUCGUUGCGAGCCUCGUACAGCACAAAAGAGAUCGUCAUCAGAAAACACUCCUCAGUUCACCAUCAGUGAUGCUAGAGUUCCUUCCAAAAAAAUGAGGUCGGAUGUAAGAAAUUUCGACCUUUCUCAACUACUUAAUGAAACAAUCACUGGGAAGGCUUUAGUAGCCAUUUAUAAAAAGUAUGGAGAUUUCGAGCCAAAAUACCAAGGAUACUUAUGUGAUCUAAUUGUGCAACAUUUUUUAAAUCAAUCGAAUUUUCAGAAACUCACAAACGAAGAUUUAAGUGGAAUUGCUGAUAGUAUUAUUGAAACAUUUCCCAAGGAAGUAAAAACAAACUAUUUUAUUGAGCCAGUGAAAGAAAAAUUCUCAAAAGAAAAUAAGUCUGGGUUCGCUAGAGGAAAACUAACUGAUAAAUAUCGAAAUAGGCUGACAUUUUUAAGGAAGUCUGGUCUACUUACUUGCGUAAGAGAUAAAAGCAUCACUCCUGUGCCGGAAAAUUUGGAUCUUAGUGCAGAAGGGGAUAGUAAGGACGACCUAGUUUGGUUGCAGCACAGGAAUGAACCCUGGAGCACGGUGGAAGAAAAGUGGAAAAUACUUUUGAGUAUAGAAGAAAGCUGCUGCAGAGCUUAGUAGGAACUGAAGAGCUAACCGAGACUUUUAACAUUUUGAAAAAUCCU